GAACUCUCUGCGAACAUGCACCCCUCCGUUCAGAAUGACACCGUUCAACCGCGAAAUCCAAACUACAAGGACGAUAUCAUUUACGUGACAAGGUACCUGAAAUGGAUACUGAAUUCCAUCGGAAUAUGGCCAGCAAUGUUAAAGGGGAUCAGAAGUUUUUUACCAACGAUCACAAUCGUACUAAGUAACAUUGUGCUCGUUUUCUUCGAAGUGCAGUGCAUGCUAUAUAUUACAUUGGAAGAAAAAGAUCCUCUGUUAAGACUGAGACUCCUAGGAUUGGCUAGCUAUUCCUUAGUCUCUCUGCUGAAGUAUUGGGCACUGACGAUGCGCAAAUCAAGAAUCAAAGAUUGUAUCGAAGAACUAAAUAAAGACUGGAAGCAGGUGGAACUCCAAAGAGAUCGUACGAGUAUGUUAAAGUACGGGAAGAUCGGAAGAGGUCUGAUUGUAUACUGUGCUGUGUUCCUCUACUGUGGUAACCUAUUCUACGCCACAAUUCUGCAGUAUGCGAUAGGCUCGCAAAUAGAUGAUGAUAAUCGUACAAUCAGAAUACUAAUGUACCCUAUGUAUAGUGGGCUCCUCGAUGUCCAAGAAAGUCCUAUCUACGAAAUUACGUAUAUUCUUCAAUGUUUAUGCUCAAUCAUGAUGAACGCUGUAAUAUGCGGUUGCUGUGGAUUGGCUGCGCUUUUUUCAACACACAUCUGUGGACAAAUCGACAUCGUUAUAUCUCAAUUAAAUGAUCUGGUCGACGGAAAAUUUUCCAAGAAAAAUUGCACUACGAACACUCGGCUAAUGAACAUCGUACAACGUCAUACAAAAAUUUUAAAAUUUUCUGCGAUGUUCGAAACGGUUCUGCAGGAAGUGUGCCUUUUCGAAUUCGUUGGUACCACGUUUGUAAUAUGCUUGGUCGAGUACUAUUGCAUAACCGACUGGCAACAGAAUAAUAAACUCGGCCUAUUAACGUAUUCCGUGGUACUAACAUCUCUAACGUUUAACAUGUAUUUGUGGUGCUACAUUGGCGAUCUACUAAUAGAAAAGGUAUCUAACAUCCAUUUUAAUUCAUAA